ACUCAGUCCCUGACCCGCGUAUCGCUCACCUGGCGAUAUUUUCAUUUCCUGGUUUGUUAUUUAUUUUGUUCUCAUUUUGUUUCUAACAAGAAUUAGAAAUUCUAUCAUAUUAUCCAAACAGAACUGGAGUUGAAGCAGGGGGUGAACGCCAGGUGUACAUUUCAAUAUCAGUUUCCAUGCUGGCUAUAAUUUGUGUUUUGGGAAAUUGUGCACCGGUUGUCCAGGAUCCCUUCAUGACAGAGGAGUGUGGCGCCUUUGCCAAAAUGCCUGUUAACUGGAAUAUAACUUUUUCACGACGGUCCUAUGGAAUAUAGUCUGAUUUUACACAAUCUACAUGUUGUGCCAUCAUCCCACGUGAAAAACAAACUAUUUGUGUUCUGCAUAAUGCUGUCCCUUUGGGUGUAUAUGAUUUAUUGUUGUGUUGGCUACUGCUCAACUAUGCCUAACCUGACGUACGGCUCGGUGAAUAGACACGAAAACGAUUCAGAAAUUGACAAUCAGGAGUCCUUUCUCGGGGCUUCCAGGGAAUUACUGAUCAACGAAAACGACUUGGACAGCAGAGGAGAAGAGUGGUAUGAAAUUAGAGGCGAGGCGAAGGCGUUGGAUGAUAAUGCCUUGUCAGUUUUCCUUAAUGAGUCGGAAAGUAAAAAGUUGCCCCAGGCGAUCAUCAUCGGGGUGAAGAAAGGAGGGACACGGGCGCUGCUGGAGUUUUUGCGCCUGCAUCCAGACAUCAGAGCGGUGGGAGCAGAGCCGCACUUCUUCGACCGCAACUACGACAAGGGACUGGAGUGGUACAGGGAACUGAUGCCCAAGUCAUCAGAGGGCCAGUUAACCAUGGAGAAGACCCCAAGCUACUAUGUCACCAAGGAGGUCCCCGCAAGAAUCUACACCAUGUCCAAAGACACAAAGCUGAUUGUAGUUGUCCGGGAUCCUGUCACCCGGGCCAUAUCGGACUACACCCAGACUCGCUCCAAGAAGCCGGACAUCCCCUCUUUCGAGAGCCUGACCUUUAAGAACAUGUCGUCAGGUCUGAUUGACACCACAUGGAGCGCUGUUCAAAUUGGCAUGUAUGCUAAGCACCUUGAGCGCUGGCUCCAGUACUUCCCUUUGGAGCAGCUGCUGUUUGUCAGCGGAGAGCGUCUGAUUAGCGACCCCGCAGGUGAGAUGGCUCGCGUCCAGGACUUUCUCGGGCUAAGGAGGGUGGUAACGGAGAAGCAUUUCCACUUUAACCCAGCGAAGGGCUUCCCCUGCCUUAAGAGACCUGAGGGGAACAGCAAGCCGCACUGCUUGGGAAAAACCAAAGGAAGAACCCAUCCUAAUAUCGACCCAGAGGUGGUCCAGAGGCUAAGGGACUUUUAUAAACCCUUUAAUAGAAAGUUCUACCAGAUGACUGGUCAUGACUUUGGCUGGGACUGAGAGGAACACUAUGAUGACAGACUCCUGCUGGUUCCUUGUCUGUGUUUUCACCCUGGAGAUAUUGUUAUACAGUGUAUGUACAGUAUUUGGUGGAUGUGUAAAAAGUUCAGAAGUCUAUUUUAUGAUAAUUUAUUGUUAUGAUAUUAACUCACUUAGCUGCCUAACCAGGUUUAUUCACGAUCCACCAAACACUUCACGAUCAAGUUUGAAUCCUCAUUGAGUACAUGAACAUUUUUUCUAAAAGCACAACGUUUUUACGGGUAUUAUGAGCAAGGUCAGUAUCCUUAUUUUACACUAAGAAAUAAUAUAUUUUUUGGCUUCAUAGCCACCUCUUCUUUUACUUUUCCAAAUACUGCUUUUGCUUCACCUUAAGCUGAACGAGAUCCAACUUUACAAACAAAUGGUAAUAUCCCCUUAACAUUUGCCUGACCCUCAGAGGUUUGUGGACCCACUUAGUCAGGUCGAUACAGGCCUCAGCUGAUCCAGUGCCACUUGCCAGGUGGAUCAAUACAGUAAUAGCGCCUCAUCAUGUCAAUUAGACCUGAGUGAUGGCCCUGCCUGGAUCUUUUGAGCACUGCAAUAAAACAUGAAUCCAUUAAUGAUAAUAAGUUUAUUGUUGACCCUUGAGCCAACUUCAAAUUAAUAUAAUAAUAUAAAUUUUCCACUGCAAUGUUUGGACUUAACCACUAUGUAUACGGUUUCUACAAAGGAAUGUUGAUUAAGAUCCAAUAGAGGGUCCUGUCACAAUACUUCUGGGAUUUCUUUAAAUCCAAAAACCUGCUGCACAAGCUUCAUAAUGCCUAAUAAUAUCUUGCUCUUUCCAAAAAGAAAAUGAUUCAUCUGGCUUAAUCACAUUCAUUGAUCUGUGCUGAAAUGGCUCUAAUGGAUCAUCCUGUACAGCCCACAGGUGAUACUCGAUGUGUUAAUGAUGCCCUCACCCAUGAUACACCAUCUGAAAUAAGCAUCUUUGUAGUUUACUUUUUAGUAGCUGAAGAUAAGUACAAUAAACCUUCCUUGGGCAAAAAAAUCCUAAUUUAAAUGUCAUGUAUGGUUGAGUUUUAUUUAACCUUUAUAGACAUUAAUUUCUUAGCAUUUUAACAGACGUCAUUCCCCAGUGAUGUACUGCAACCCCGCUGUUCUACAGGCACUAUUUUGCUGUAUGCAUUGAUUUACAAACAUGGAAAUGAAGCAGGUUUG